CUGCUCACGUUGAAACAACCCAGAUACAGAGACACUAGCAGCAGAGCGUCUCAGAAAACGCACUGUUCUGCCCAGCAAGGCACAGAAUCCAAGGACUUCUGAUGCAAUAGCUUUUGUGGAGCCAAAAGGGAAGGACUGAAAAUUAUCACCACAUGAGGACAUAAAGCAUUUUGAAGUGCGCUGUAACUGGGGAGUGCUGCAAUCUGUGCGUACAAUUAAACUCUUUUGGAGCGGCAAGAGGAAAAACAGAGAAAAUUCGCUCUGGAAUCUUUAAAAAGUGAGUCGAGGAAAGAAGGAGAAGCAACUCGUCCACCUCAAAGGAUAAACACACAGUGUUUCCAAUCUCCAGCGAUGGCUGUACGUCCAAUGGAGACAGUGGGUUUCCAUAUGCUUCCUGCUCACUUGAUGGCUUCUGCUAUGGAAGAGUUCCCACAGCAGCUCCCUGUACCCAAGGGCCCAGCUCGGGGCCGUAGUCGUCCCAAGAGACCGAGAGAGGCCCGCUUCAAAACUCAGCCAGUGACCUUCGCAGAGAUUGCAGAAGUAGAAGAGGAAGGAGCUUCGCCACUGGAGGAGGAGAGAGCAAGGCGCUCGUUCUUGCAGUCACUGGAGAGCCUGAGGAGGAGCACACAAUCCCUGCAACACACAGGAACCACACAGAUCGGGAGAACCAGCACACCAACACAGGCUAGCCUGGACUCAAGUGACUCAGACUCAGCCCAAUAAAAGAGAGACCGAGAGAGAGAGAGAGAGAGAGAGAGAGAUAUCUUCUACAUGUGAUCUGCUCUUAUUGUAAAGCUUACCUACUGGACUGGACUCCAGUGUGCUAAGCUCUUUGCACAUAACCUCUUGAAGCUUACUUCGCAGCUAUAACAUAGUUACAGUAUUUUAUACACAUACUUGUGUCACUCCAGUCAAGCAAUGGCAAGCUGAAUAGUUUAUGCUUCUUAGCUGUAGUGUUUAAUUUUUUUUUUAUUACUUAAAUACCUGAAAUAUUCCAGAAAUAUUCACUAUAAGACUUGAGGCCUAUUAUUCAUUGUGAGAUUUGAAAUGUUAAUAUCUUCCAGUUGCAAUUCCACUGGACAAGACAGAUGGUUUAUCACUGUUUAUCUUUGCCACUUUAUUAUGAUUACGCAGUCAAGCCAUUGAUGAAAGAACUGAACCUAGUCUUUAGACACCAAUAGGAGGUUUGUUCAUAUGACUUCAUUCUGCCAGAGUACUACAUCUACUAAUGAACUCAGAUGUCCAUCUUAUUAAUAACAGUGAAAUUAGAAAUGUUCUGUUGACACUGUUGGCUUGAAAGCUCACAAGAAAAAACAAAUGAAAUUAUGUCUUUAUACUAUUGUUUUACUUUUGCUAUCUUUGUAAAAUUGUUUCAUACUUAUUUUAAUAAAAAUAUAUAUAAUGUACACCUGUGACAUUGCCCUGAUGUUUGGUAUGUCUGUUAUUUGUAUUUACUCUAAGUUAACCAGAGUUCAGCAAAAAAGAAUGGCACAAAAGAAAAUAAUACGUAAGAUGACCAAGAGUGAAAGCAUGUGAAAACAAAACAAAGAUAAACAACUAUUAUACAUAUUAUGAUGUUUUCCAAGAAACAUAUAAAAAGUUUUAAGGUGAAA